AUGGUCCAGCCACUAUCCAGCCAGCCCAUUCCUCCCUUCCCCGAGGGUCUCCAGACCAUUGAGCUCUCCCGAAUCUCACUCAGGGGGCUGCUCGAGAAGGACGACAAGGAACUUGACAAGUUCUACAACAUUGACACGCCCCAAGGCCGGCAGCUGUGGGAUGAGGCCUGCCGCGUGUACAAGGUGGGCCAGGAGACACUGCCGGUUCUGGACAUGGAGAUGAAGCUGGCGUACAAGGCGCGGGACAGAGCUGGGGUGUUUGAUAUGGGAUACAAGUGUCCCAGCAUUAGUGCGAGCGGCGAGCCCAAGUUUAGUGAAGCUUUCAACGUGCCCCUGUACGAGUCACUGGUGGACAGGCAGGCAGGCUUCCAACUCCCUCCCUGGCUGGAAUCUCACCGAGGCUUGUUCCUCGACAUGCUCUCGCACGGCAACGAGAUCUGCCACGUCCUCUUGGGUGCACUCGAGAAGAAGCUGCAGGUGGCGCCGGGGACCAUGACCUCGCUGCACCGCGUCGAGGACCCCUCCAACGACUUCCUCCGCGUGCUGCACUACCCGGCCACGCUGCCGGGGGACGAUGCCAACCAGGCCAAGUUCCCGCCGCACCGCGACUCGGUGAGCGUGGCCAUGCUCUUUACGGCCGUGGCGGGGCUGCAGAUCCUCGAGUCCAGCGAUGGCGGCAAUGCCAAAACCUACGACGACGAGUCGAUGACCACAAAGUGGCGCUGGAUUGAGCCCGUCGAGGGCCACGUCAUCGUCAACCUGGGCGACGCCCUCGCCAUCCUGUCCAACGAACUGCUCAGGUCCGGCUUCCACCGCGUCGUCGGCGCGCCGGGCCGCCAGGCUGAGGUGGACAAGUACAGCGUGCUGUUGGGGUAUAGUCCGGCCUUGACCACGCCCAUGCGGCCACUCGUCAGUCCCGUGAUUCCGCCCGUGGCCCCCGUCCUCAGCUGCGAGGAGUGGGGCGCGCAGAGAGUGUCAAAGCCUGGGGGCUGCUGGCACCCCAACGGUUGCUGCAGUCCUUUUGCUAGCAUCGCGGGCAACGGCAGCAGCAGCAGCAGCGACGAUACAUCAAAACCCAACACCACCAUGGCGAGCAUUCUCUGUUUAGCAGCCGUCUGCCUCCCCUUUGCGGGUGCUUCGGUUGCAACAAUCUACAGUCACACGUUGGGAGGGCAACUACAAAACCGGUCCAUCCGCUACUCGCAAGGCAAGACAUUUGGUGGCGGCACGGCCCGCAACGGGAUGGCCUACCAGAGAGGCACGACCAGCUUCUACGACGGCUGGGCGGAAUCGGUAGGCGACCCGAGCUACAGCUGGACCAACAUGCUCCCGUUCCUGCAAAAGAGCGUUCGGUACACCACAGCCAACGCCACCCUCCGCGGCGGACCCCUAAAGGUUUCGUUUUGGAACUACUACGUCCCCGUGUCGGCGGCCUUUGCCAAGGGCAUGAAGGCCCUGGGGUACAACGAGGUCAGCACGCUGCAGAGCGGCAGCAUCCUGGGGUACUCCGAGUUCCCCGCCACGCUGGACCCCGAGCUCCAGAUCCGCGACUCGUCAGAGACUUCGUUUCUGAGAAAGGCUGCUACCGAUGCUGCUCAGCACUGGGGCCGGAAGGGAAGGGUGACCAUCUAUCCCAACACGCUGGCCAAGAAGGUCCUCUUUGACGGGGCCAAGGCGGCCACGGGCGUCGAGAUGCCACCGGCUCGCAACAGUACACCCUCAACGCGACUAGGGAGGUCAUCCUGGCCGCUGAUGCUCAUGGUUUCGGGUGUUGGGCCGUCUCAGCUACUCCAGCAACUCAACGUGCCCGUCGUCGGUUCGCUGCCGGGUGUCGGGCAGAACUUGCGGGAUCACCCUGGCUUCAGCACACUCUGGAGCCUCAACGGGGUUUCGCAGCACAGGCUGUGGAGCAAUGCCACGUACGCCGCCGAGGCCACCGCCCUGUUUGCAACCUCUCGGUCGGGGCCCCUGACGGCCUUUGCCAGCAACUACAUCCUCUUUGACCGAUUACGCCAAGAUGCCAACCUCAGCGCCCCAACCAGUCAAGCCAUCUCCUCCUUCCCGCCCGACCGGCCCAACACGGAAUUCAUCUGGAACGCAGCCGGCAUCCCCACCCGGACCCCCGCCGACCAGCUCGCCCUGGGCGUCGUGGUCCUGUCCCCGACCUCGGCCGGCUCCGUGACCAUCAACACGACCGACACCGCCGCGAACCCCUUGGUGGAUGUGCAGUGGUUCGCCAGCGACGCCGACCGCGAGCAGGGCGUGGCGGCCGAGGGCGUCGUCGAGGCGGAAAUGGCACCCGGCCCCAAGGUGCAGUCCGACGCAGAGAUCUGGGCUUGGAUCCAGCAGAAUGCCAGCCCCAAUCACCACGCCGUCGGCACCUGCCGGAUGGGUCGCCGCGACGACCCGGCCGCUGUGGUGGACGCCAAGGGGUGUGUUUUGGGCGGCGUUUCGGCGUUGAGGGUUGUGGAUGCCAGCAUCAUGCCCUUGGUGAUGGCGGGCCAGCCGAUGGCUACGGUUUAUGGUAUUGCCGAGAAGCUUUCGGCGGAUAUUGUGUCCGGCCGUAAAUGCUAA